AAGGGGUGAGCUUAAAAAAAAAAAAAAAAUCGAAAAUCAUUCUAUGGAGUAUUGACGGGGCACAGAAUUGGGCUUUGGGCUUAUCAGUGCUUAGUUCAUGAAUGAGGAUUGUGUUACAGUCGGGGCACAGUGUCGUCGAACGUAGCUCGGGUCAUUGGUCGGGGAAUAAACGAAUCGAAUGGCAGAUGGGUGGGUGUUUCUUUUGGGACUCGAAGAAUACUGCCAAAAAGGGAACCUUUUUAGUUUUUAUCAUUUCUGAUUCGUAAAGCGUACACCUUUUUUCACCAUUAAUUUACAAUAUAGCUUUCUUUCAAAUGAUUCAAUUUCUGGGCACCCUUCGCCCUUCUCCUUCUUUAAGCUCUUUCGCUACUUACAAACGCCAAGUCUACUCGCCAAUCACAGCUCCCAGAAAUGGGUUCUUGUCCUUCAGACGAAUGUUCAAGGCUUACAUUCAAUCCAGUUCAGCAGCCACGGAUGCUGGUUUGGGGUUACCAUCUGAGCAAUCAGAAGUCAUAUUUAUAGGUACAGGAACGAGCGAAGGAAUUCCACGUGUGAGCUGCCUGACAAAUCCUUUGAAGACAUGUGAGGUUUGUUUAAAAGCUGUGGAACCGGGUAAUAAAAAUAGGAGACUCAACACAAGCAUUGUUGUACGUCAUCCUACAUCCUCUGGAAGUUCUAACAUUCUUAUUGAUGCUGGAAAAUUUUUCUAUCACAGUGCUCUCAGAUGGUUUCCUGCUUAUGGGAUAAGAACACUUGAUGCGGUUAUUAUUACUCAUUCUCAUGCUGAUGCAAUUGGAGGUCUGGAUGAUCUUCGUGAUUGGACGAACAAUGUUCAAUCCAGCAUUCCAAUAUAUGUGCCUGAGCGUGAUUUUGAGGUGAUGAAGAAGACUCAUUAUUAUUUGGUUGACACAAGUGUGGUCCAACCUGGUGCUGCUGUCUCAGAGUUGCAAUUUAAUAUUAUACAUGAGGAUCCAUUUUCUGUGAGCAAUUUGAAGUUUACCCCUUUACCUGUAUGGCAUGGUCGUGGUUAUCGUUCCUUUGGAUAUCGUUUUGGUAAUGUUUGUUAUAUCAGUGACGUUAGCGAAAUACCUGAAGAAACCUACCCACUUCUGAGAGAUUGUGAACUCCUGAUUAUGGAUGCUCUACGGCCAGAUCGGAAUUCUGCAACACAUUUUGCACUUCCAAGGGCUUUGGAGGAAGUACGGAAAAUACAACCUAAGAGAACAUUGUUUACUGGUAUGAUGCAUUUGAUGGAUCAUGAGAAGGUGAAUGAUUAUCUUAUGAAAUUGAAGGAGACAGAGGGUCUUGAUGCACAGUUGAGCUAUGAUGGGCUUCGGGUACCUAUAGCACUCUAACCUUUAAAUAACUUUACAUAUGAUGGCCUCUACCAAUUCUCUAUAAGGGCAGAAUUAACAUAUUUACAUAUUUUUGUCUAAUUGAUUUUUCACAAGUUUUGCAAUAUCAAAGCUAAAUUAAUA